ACUUUGACAUUUCUCCGAACACACAAAAACAUGCCAAGUUGAACUUCCAAAUUCCAAACCGAAUAAAAUACGAUUUCUUUUUCGAUAAACGGGCUUUAAAAAAAUCAUAAAAAAUAGAUUUCCAAAAUGUUAGCAAUGAAUUGUCUUUAUCGAGGGUUUACCCCUCAAUUAAGACAUGCUCCCAACAUCGCACAAUUGCCUAUGUUGCAUCAUUCAAAGAUUCCCCAAUUCACAUCUCGAGCUAUACGUAGCAGUGUUCGCAAUAACAAUGCGCCUCGUGCUCGCUUACAAACAACACCAUUUGAUAAUUACCCAGUGAAUAAUGGACCUGUCCCAUCCGGAAACAUCGUAAAAGCUUUCAUAUUCACUGGAGCGUUCAGUGCGGGAUGCUUUUUAGGUGCCACAAUCUGUGAAUACGAAAGAGCCCGCAAUCAUAUGCUAGAACAUGCCAAGAAAGCUAAAUUCCCAUGGAUUCGAAGAUCUGACGAUGGCAGGAGCCAGUUUAGUCAACUAAAGAGGGAAUUCAAUGCACUGUGGGAUAAACUAAGUGCUGGCGAGAAGGUAUUCGUGCCGUUGUGUGCCUUAAAUCUUCUAGUGUUUGGACUCUGGAGAGUUCCUCAAAUGAAAAAUGUUAUGAUGACGUAUUUCUGUUCAAAUCCCGCCGCACGUGUUGUCUGUUGGCCCAUGUUCCUCUCCACAUUUAGCCAUUAUUCUUUGUUUCAUAUAUUCGCAAAUAUGUAUGUCUUACAUAGUUUUUCCAAUGCAGCUGUUUUAUCACUUGGCAGGGAACAAUUCCUGGCAGUCUAUUUAAGUGCUGGUGUUAUUGCUAGUUUGUCUAGUGUUAUUGUUAAAACAGUAACAUCCACCGCUGGUUUGUCUAUUGGAGCGUCAGGUGCAAUUAUGACGAUUCUAGCUUAUGUUUGUACACAAUAUCCAGAAACACAAUUAAGCAUUCUAUUCCUUCCCAUGGUUACUUUUUCAGCGGGUUCGGCGAUAAAAGUUAUAAUGGGACUUGAUUUAGCUGGUGUUUUGCUUGGAUGGAAAUUCUUUGAUCAUGCUGCACAUUUGGGAGGAGCUGUUUAUGGAGUAUUCUGGGCUUACUUUGGUCAUGAGGUUUGGCAAAAGCGAGUAAGGUUUCUCAGUCUUUACCAUGAUUGGCGAAAAACAAAUCAUUAAUGCUCAACAAAGCAAAAAAAUAAAUAGAAUUAGAAAACAUUUUAACAUUUAAUUUAUUUAGUUGUUAAAAUUUUAACAAAUUUACUACAAAAUAAAAACAAAUAUUAGCUAUUUUGAUUUUUAA